AUGAUACAACCUGGUCCCGCAAAGGUUCACAAUAUUUCAGACAGUCACAUUCAGAGCAGACAGCUCGGGGAUAACAAUGAAUAUGGCAAUCGUAACACCAACAGUCUCUACUUCAGCAUAUGUUCUCUCACACCGCGGAGGCCCAGAUCUGUAUCAAGUACCUCAUCAACUGAAAGGUCUGAAUCAGCUAAGAAGAGACUCACCAAGGCCAUCGUUCAAGCCAUCGCCGCUGUCUUGCUCAUAGCGCUGGUAGUCACUUUACCAGUGCUAAAGGCGUAUCACAAAUUACCUCCCGAUGAUGGAACCGAUCCCGUCCAAUCGAAUACAGCAUUACAAUCAUCGACUUCGGGAUCCAGAAGCAAGAGUAUUGCUACAAGUCCGACGACCUCGAAUAGUAUGACUUGGACUAAGUCAUCAUCCACGUCUUCCGCCGUCUCCCCUCAGAGCAGUGACACGAUUGAAGCAAGCUCAUCUAGUAGUACGGACAUGCCGCAAACGAGUAGCACAUCUCCGAACAACGACUCCGUUCACCUUGUGAAUUGCGUGGGCUCUGAUUCUUACUCCGUCGUUGUGUAUUGUGCUGAAGAUACCGACUGCGAUUUCGCACCAUCUUCGUCAGACUAUAUCCAAGUUAGUUCUAGUGAUGAGUUUUAUACUUGGGAGCAACAGAACCAGUCUGUCACCUUCCCAACUGGCGUGAUGUUCAAUUGGACCAUCAAUAGCAACGGAAGCACUUCUCCCGACUACAGUCCUCAAGGGUAA